CUAAUCGCAAUGAUAAUAUCGCCACGUCUAGUCAGAUGGUAGAGUAUCUAAUACGACACGGCUCUCUACUAUGAGAGAAGAAGAUGAUUACGAAAGCUCCAUUAAGACGAUCGGUGCUUUCUCACUCAUCAUCAAACGCUUUCCGGCGACAAAACCAACCAUCUCCACUUCUCCACCAUGAUUUCACUCCACUCCUUCGCCAUUAAAGCCUCUCUCCACCGAUCUUUUCCUACUUCGUUACGAUCGACGCUCUCUGUUUCCAACUCUGCUAGAUCUUUCAUUCGGCUCCCCUCCGCCGGAAAACGCAAUCUCUCUGUCAUCUCUGCUUCUGGAAGAGACUCCUCGAUGUCGUCAAACAAUGAUUCUCACGGAUCGUCUUCAAAGGUUGCUGAAUCUUUCUUCAGGAGUGUCUUAGGGCAGAUGGAAACAGUUUACCUAAAUCGGAACCCGACGCCUAAAUCCGUCUUGGAACUUGUUCGAUCCGUUGAUGGCGAACAACUUUGCUAUGACCAUCUCGCUUUUAGAACGUUUGGGGUUAGUGGUUAUGGGAUUGACUCGCUUGCAAGUUUUUUCCUUGACUAUGGGUAUACUCCGAUGGAUGAGCUGAAAUUUCCAGCCAAAAAGCUUAGAGCUUUGUGGUUUGCACCUCCUGAUGUUUCUGCUAUUCCUGGUGGAAGCGGCGUUAACGGUCCUUUGCCAAGAGUUUUUAUCUCAGAGCUCCUUGUGGACCAGAUGAGUUCACAGACUCAGGAUGUGAUCAGAAAGUACACUCAAGCAUCGCCCAAUGGGAAAAAGUAUGCUGCUCUUUCUAGUGCUUUGGGUACCUUAACUUGGGAAAAGCCUCUGUCUUCUGAGUUUGAGCAAUUGGCUAGGGAAAGUGAAUAUGCAGCAUGGACCCUUGUCAAUGGCUAUGCUCUUAACCAUGUAACGAUUUCUGUCCAUCGACUUAGAUCUCAUCUAAACAAAAUUAAGAAGCUCAAUCAGUUCCUAGAAGAAAAAGGUCUUAAAUUGAAUUCUGAAGGAGGAGUCUUGAAAGUUAGCCCUGAUGGUGGUUUGCUGCAAAGCUCAACUGUAGCAGAUUCAAUUUCUUUCAAGUUCUCUGAUGGUGUCACCAAAUAUAUCCCUUGUUCAUACAUUGAGUUUGCUGAACGCCUUGUGCUUCCCCAAUACCAAAACGUACCUGAAAGCGAGAUACGAGAGUCACACCGACGAGAUGGAUUUGAGGUCGGAAAUGCUGACAAGAUCUUUGAGAGCACAUUUCAGGAACAACUUUCUCGACGAGCCGGAUAAUGGCAAACAGUAGCGUCGAGCCUUUUUGGCAAAUAUGUUGUCAAAUAUGUUGCCUCGUAUAUAUAAUGUAGCCAAAAAAGAGCUCCAAACUGUUUGUAAUGUUGAUCAGUAAAGAUACUAAUCCAAGAACUUUUAAUCAGACAUUUAUGUGUAAAUAUUGCUGAUAACU